GAGCGGGAGGCAGGCGAGAGAAGGGGAGCUGCUUGGAGCCCGUACUUCCCAGAGCCUGCCAGGAGCGCGCACUCAGCGGCUCUCCGGGUCCCCGCCGCGCCCCGCUGCCCCGCACCUCCUCCUCCUCCCGCUCCUCUCCGGGUACCCCUCGCCACCUCCCUCCUGCAGCUCCUACGCUCGGGCAGCGGCCGCCCCCGGCCCCUACUCGGCCACAUCCCCAACUCUCUGGGCUCACUCCCGGGACGCGCGUCCUCGCCCCAUCCUUUCUUCCUUCCUUCCCUCGCGCCCGCCCGCCCUCUCCAGGUCUCCCUCUCGGGUCCCGAUUGUCUCCGUCCCCUUCUCGGUCAGCCGGCGCCUCGCCCUGCCCCGUCUCUCCCUCGCACUUCCUGAGUCGCCCGCCGCCGCUGUCUCGCCGCGCCGCGGGAGCCCGAGCCCGAGCCGAGCCGCGCCGCCGCUGCCCCGGCUCCAGCCCCCGCAGCCCGCGGCGCCCGGGGAAGGGAAAAGUGGGCGAGCGCGCCCUCGCCCAGCCCCGCGCCCCAGCCCUGCCCGGCGAGGGAGGACCGGGAAGAUGAACAACGGCAGCAAAGCCGAGAAGGAGAACACCCCGAACGAGGCCAACCUUCAGGAGGAAGAGGUCCGGACUCUCUUUGUCAGUGGUCUCCCUCUGGAUAUCAAACCCCGAGAGCUGUAUCUGCUUUUCAGACCAUUUAAGGGCUACGAGGGUUCUCUUAUAAAGCUCACAUCUAAGCAGCCCGUAGGUUUUGUCAGUUUUGACAGUCGCUCAGAAGCAGAAGCUGCAAAGAAUGCUUUGAAUGGCAUCCGCUUCGAUCCUGAAAUUCCACAAACACUACGACUAGAGUUUGCUAAGGCAAACACGAAGAUGGCCAAGAACAAACUAGUAGGGACUCCAAACCCUAGUACUCCUCUGCCCAACACUGUACCUCAGUUCAUUGCCAGAGAGCCAUAUGAGCUCACAGUGCCUGCACUUUACCCCAGUAGCCCUGAAGUGUGGGCCCCGUACCCUCUGUACCCGGCGGAGCUAGCGCCUGCUCUACCUCCUGCUUUCACCUACCCCGCCUCACUGCAUGCCCAGAUGCGCUGGCUCCCUCCCUCCGAGGCUACUUCUCAGGGCUGGAAGUCCCGUCAGUUCUGCUGAAUCCCAUGUUCCAGGUGUGUGAUGGUGGCUGCAAUCUGUCUUGUGGGUAUUAACGCAAUCUUCAAGUGGCUACUGUUCUCGAGCUGUUCUACAAAACUGGAGCGCUCUGGUGAGUUCCAAAGUCAGAGACUGAACGGUUCCUGCCAAGAAGCAGCGUGUCCCGGGCAGGGCACGACCGCGUGGCGUAGUCGCGACCAUCGCGCCAGCGUCCCCUGUGUGGGUGGGGCCCCUCCGGGGGCUGCGGUGGGCGCUCUGGGUUGAGACCUGCCGGUGUGGGCGCUCAAGAUCAGCGUGCGCUCGUCCCCUCCAGCUGCCGUCUGCUGAGGGAGAGUUGUCCCAGGGUAGCGGGUGAGCUCUGCGGGCUCUCAGAGCGCGUCACCCAGUGCUUGGUCCUCUCAGCCUUGCUGGGUGAGGCUGUCAACACCUCUAAUCCAGCAGCAUCCGGGUAUGAGAUAUUCCAUCAAAGGGAACAUAUAUAUGAAUGAAGUUUUUCCCUUGAAGCCCUAAGCCCUUUUUUUUUUUUUUUAAUUAGCCAUUUUGGUGGAACUCUUCAGCUGUAGUAUGUAUAUUCCUUUUGAUCUGUUAAUCCAGUUAUACUGAAUAUAGUGCAGCCCCUCCUUGAUGACUUGGAGACACUCUGAUGAGCCUCUUCAGAAACAGGGCGAUUGCCCGUUGCCCUUGGGCAUGACUGAAUUAUAACGGAGUCUAACUGGAUCUCUCUAAACCGCGGGGCUUUUCUAGUGGUGAAGAUUUUGGUGAUUUGUCCGUCUUCGCCGCCGCUACCAGCUGUCACUGCUCAGUUCUUUCACUUCUGGCAGUAAGCGUGGCCUCAGAACAGUCGUGCAGCAGGGUUCCAGGAGGCGACCUGCCUGCUGGGCGGGCACCACAUGUGGGGCUUCCAGUCUCUUUGGAAAGCUUGACCUAGAACAGCAGGAAUGCCAGGGGCAGGCCAGCAGCAGUUAUGUCCCAGCCCAAAUAAGGUGGCAGAUUUCAUCCCUGCGAGGGGCCUGUAAAGAAGAGAUGAGUCAUAAAGAGAACAAGAUUCCUGCUAAGGGCAGAGAACCAGGCAGUUGGGCCUCGGAGGUCAUUACCGCACCGGGGCAUCAGUAAUCUCGUGCUCAGAAGACCACCUCUCAGUGCCCCCCAGAGGCGCGCGUAGUGGGCGCGUGCAGCCUGCCCACCCUGCCUGGAUGGGGAGCCAGCAUCAGGCACUUGGGGUCUUUUUUCCCACUGACGUCUGUUUCUCACACUAACCAAACUGACCAACAGGUAACGAUUUUUCCACACCACACAGGGCAGCCAAGAGAUAUCCCACUAGCUCUACAGCCGUCUCAUCGAUCAGGUUUUCCUUUUCUCAUGGUCCUUAACAGAAGUGCCCACAGUAUUAACUGUUCAAAAAGACAAGAUCUUGCUUUGCUUUCCCUCCUCCUCUGGGGAAUUUAAGGACCAAUUAGAAGCCACCCAUACAAUUUUUUUAGAAGCAGGUUUAGAGGAGGAAUUUUUUAUUUUUUUAUUAUGAUUGUUUUAGUGCAGUAAAUCAGGCCAGACCUCAGUAAUUCGGGCACAAGCAGAUGAGCCCCAUCAGGAAGCAGCAGCUGAAGUGUGUGGCGACUCUCUGCAGACAGUGGAAGGGCCUGGUGACACGGCGGGAGGGGAACCGGGGCUCGGUCCUGGGUGGGCAGCUGAGCCUGAGAGAGGGGCGGUGGCCCGCGUGGACGGGGUCUUCAGCACUAGCCGUGUUCACGGUGGGGCUUACCAGUCCCGGGCCACCCAUCGGUUACACGAGCGUGGAGGAGGCUUCCCCCUCUCCAGCUCUGAAGUCAGACAGCACUGCAGAGAUAGGCCUGGCCUGUGAGCAGGAGGAUCUCUGGCCCCAAAGGCGGGCCUCCUGAGGGCGAGGGCUGGCGUCCACCUAGGGCCACAGCGGGGGCGGCCAGCGUGAGCUCGUGUCCAUGGCCAGUGGUGCGCUGGUGCAGGGGAUGCAUCUUUAGAAUAGGGAGGAGUUUCUAACCACAGAUGACUGUUCCCUGGAGACUCUAUAGACUGUGAACCUUUUAAAAUGUUAGUCUUUGUGUUACAAAUUAGUAUCGGCAUUUGAUUUUUUAAAAGUCAAGCUGACAGGUAUAAAAUGAAAACUAAACCGCUCUUAUUAAAAACCUUAGUCAUAUGAUGUUGGGAUUUGGAUGGAAGGGAAUAUUUCUUACCUGACUUUUAGUAAAAAUCAAUAAAUGUUAGAAAAACUCUUGGGGAAGAAAUCAUUAGUAAAUAGGUCAAGUAUAGAUACAAAUGGAUUGGGGGAAAACAGAAAGAGGAUUUUCUUCUUGCUGGGAGAAAACACUCACAAGGCGCUUGGAUCAACACACAACAACUUACCAACCUACCAAGCUGCCUCAGGGAAGAGCAGCCUCUCCUGUGGGUCUCGGCGUUGGCCACCCCCAACCCCACCAGGGCAGCCGGCACCAUGACCCAUACCCAUCGGCAGCUGUCCCCAAGCACUGAGGGACACGCAGUGAUCUCCAUCAAGGACAGCUGAAAUGAACUAGGUUUAGAAUUGUGUAAUAUUCCUUAAGACACAGGGAGACAUUCUCCAUUGUCUUCAAAUUGAGAUAGUUGUGACCUGCUUCAGACAAGAUUUUAUACCCAUUUUCUUCCCUUGUUUAUCCCAUCACAUGCAUGUCAUAGUUGACCCCCUUUCCGGAAAGGUUCUCUGAGGAGAGUCAGCUCUGUAAACAGAGCCUGACUCUCUCCCACCCCCCAUGGUGCGCUGUGUUCCCGGAUGUCUUUGCUUGCUGUUUAAAAUGUCCUUGUUAAUACAUUCCAAGGUUUGAACUCCGUUCCUAGCUAAACCCCUUUCCUUGUUUACAGGGAUUGAAAUAGCCACAUUUUGACCUUCUAUUCAGUCUGGAACAUCUAUGGCAAUGUGGACGCAUUCUUUUCCCAUGUGAGAACUGCAUUUACCCAACACAGUUACGGAAAAGCGGAAAAGCUCAGGAAACUAUCGACUCUCACCCCUUUGUUUCUUCCCUCCCUGUUCUUUUUCACUUCAAAAGAUCCGACUUUCUACGCAGCCUAGAUUAACCAGCCCCGUCCAUCUUUCUUCCUGCUCAGGGGCCCAGGAAGGGGACAGAGGACCCUGAAGUCGGGCUGGAACCCGCCCAGUUUUGGUCCCUUCAAGACUCUGCCACAGCCUCUAUCACACAUCUGUUUUUCUCGAAGAAAAAAAUACAAUAAAAAUGUUUUACUCUUUUACACUGUA